AUGGAACGCGACGAGACGGAAAAGUCUGAAUCGAAGUAUACUGUAAAAUAUCUUCAAGAAUUAAUGGACGAUCGACGCAUCGUAAAGGCUGGACCAAAAAAAUACGCCGAAGUUUGGGAACUUCUCGACCAGCAGGUCAACAUGGUUGCGUUGCACAUCGCCAGAUUUGGGGUUAAACGCGGAGAGGUGCCACCACUUGGAAAGACCGUGCGAAAAAGAGUCAACGUCUCAGCAGAGGUCGCCAUACCAGUAGAGAAGUACCCUGGCUUCAACUUCGUCGGACGAAUAAUAGGACCUGGUGGUAUGUACAUCACCCAUUUAGAGCACACGACAGGGUGCAAAAUAAUCAUAACCGGAGUACAUAGACCAGAGUCACGACGCCCUCCACCCCGAAUAAUAGCGUGCGAAAAUGCAGGACCGACCGUUCUCAUCAGAUGCAGAGAUUUCGAGCAUCUGGCACGUGCCAAGGUGGAGUGUGCUGUUAAACGAAUCAACAAACUUCUGGUUCCUCCUCCUGAAGGCUACGAUCCUCUGAAGCGCCGGCAGCUGCUAGAAUGGUCUAUCAUUAACGGUACGUACGAAACAAGAAAGGCGUACGCGGAUUAUGAUGCUGCUGAAAAGCACACCCGCGAUCGAAACCGCAAUCGCUCUGACUGGUGUACGUCAAGGCGUCGAAUGUGA